UUGAUCAUUCACUCCCUCAACCUCUAACAACAUCCAUUGCAAGCCACCGCUGCACUGUGUUUUCAGUUCCAAAACUGGAAAACGACGUCGUAUCCGUGCCAAAAUAAAGAACCGGUAAAACCGCUGAAUCUCCGGUUUGCUCUGUCACACACAGGUUUAUACAGUGUUCCGGACCGGUGUAAGGCCUGGUUCCCGGUUGAACCGGCCGGUAUUGGGCUUCCUUCCAUUUGGGCUUAGAAAUAGAGAUUGCUUGCAACUCUCUCUCAAAACAAAAACAAAAACAAAAAAAGAGGAAAAAGAAUAAUUCCUAUUUUGUGCGCAGAAGCAGAAGCAGAAGCAGAACCCUGACUGUGGAAUUUCGGAAUCAUGGGAAUUACGAAUUUCGUGCUGACGGUGGCCGGAGUGAGCGCGGUGGUUCUUCUUCUGAGGAGUGACGUGAAGCAAUCUGCAUCCAUAUUCAGGCGCAAUGUCAAGCACAUCCGCAAGUGGCUCGAAGAAGAAAACAUCUCUUCUUCCAAGACAAUUGAGAAGUCCACUAAAGAACUGGAGACAAAGGUUCCUCCUAAAGACAUUCCUAAGGAGGACAAGCACUAAAUACUUAUGUAGCUGAUGGGGAUGUUUAGUGGGGUAAUUUUGCUGCUUCUUUGUGUUCACCUGUUUCUCUUUGAAUGGAUACGUGGUAUUUUUCUUUCUUUUACUAAAUGUAUUCUUCAUCAAUAGCUGUUCUAUAACUCUUGAACGACAUCUUAGAUAUAUUUACCAAUGUUAUAAAAUUUUGGUUGUUCCACA